AUGGCAACCGCCAGAACGGUCUCACGAUCUCGGGACAUUGCCAAUGUGAUGCAAAGACUGCAAGAUGAUUUGUUCAGCUUUGUCGAUGUGAAAAUUGAUGCACCAGGCUUCCUUAAGCGGAAACCCCCAAUGGUGGUAGAGGACCUCUUUGAAGACAUGAAGGAUGGGGUCAAGCUGCUGGCUCUCCUGGAGGUCCUGUCUGGGCAGAAACUACCUUGUGAACAAGGACGCCGCAUGAAGCGAAUCCACGCUGUGGCCAACAUCGGCACAGCGCUCAAGUUCCUUGAAGGAAGAAAGAUUGAAGAGCUGACCAGUAACCUGCCACAGCUGCAGUCUCUGUCCAGUAGCACGUCUUCGGUGGACAGCACGCUCAGUGCGGAGACCGGCAGCCCUCCCAGCAAACGGAAAGUGGCCACCAAGAUCCAGGGCAACGCUAAGAAGGCCUUGCUAAAGUGGGUUCAGUACACAGUAACCAAGCAGGCUGGAAUAGAAGUAAAAGAUUUUGGACGGAGUUGGAGGAGUGGCGUUGCCUUCCAUUCAGUUAUCCACGCAAUUCGCCCCGAGCUAGUGGAUUUGGAGAAAGUGAAAGGAAGAUCUAAUAGAGAAAACCUGGAGGAGGCUUUCACUAUCGCUGAAACAGAACUGGGGAUCCCAAGACUACUAGAUCCUGAAGAUGUUGAUGUGGAUAAACCCGAUGAGAAGUCUGUUAUGACUUACGUUGCCCAGUUUCUGAAACAUUAUCCUGAUAUCCACAGCACUGGCAUUGACGGGCAAGAUGGAGAUGAUAUACUACCAGGUUUUCCAACUUUUGCCAAUUAUAUCCAAAAUGUGAAGAGAGAAGACAGGUUCAUUUGGAAGGAGGUAAAAGUCUGGAUAGAACAAUUUGAAAGAGAUUUGACCAGGGCACAGAUGACAGACUCCAGUUUGCAGGAUAAAUAUCAGUCAUUUAAACACUUCCGGGUUCAGUAUGAAGUAAAGAGGAAGCAGAUUGAGCAGUUAAUACAGCCAUUGCAUAGAGAUGGCAAACUGUCACUUGACCAAGCGUUGGUCAAACAAGCCUGGGAUAGAAUGUCCUCCAGGCUCUUUGAUUGGCACACCCAACAUGAUAAGUCUCUGCCUGCUCCUCUGGGCACUAUCGGUGCCUGGCUGUACAGAGCAGAGGUAGCCCUGAGGGAGGAACUUACCAUUCAGCAGGUCCACGAGGAAACAGCCAACACCAUACAACAGAAACUUGAGCAACACAAGGAUCUGCUUCAAAACACAGAUGCCCACAAAAGAGCAUUCCAUGAAAUCUACCGGACCAGGUCGGUUAACGGGAUCCCUGUGCCCCCUGACCAGUUAGAGGACAUGGCUGAGAGGUUUCAUUUUGUGUCCUCCACAUCCGAGCUGCACUUGAUGAGAAUGGAAUUUCUCGAAUUAAAGUACCGUCUGCUCUCCCUGCUGGUUCUGGCCGAGUCCAAGCUCAAGUCGUGGAUCAUCAAGUACGGGAGAAGGGAGUCGGUGGAGCUGCUGCUGCAGAACUACAUUUCUUUCAUAGAAAACAGCAAGUUCUUUGAGCAGUACGAAGUGACCUACCAGAUCUUGAAACAGACGGCCGAGAUGUACGUCAAAGCAGAUGGCUCAGUGGAGGAAGCCGAGCACGUGAUGAAGUUCAUGAACGACACCACGGCUCAGUGGCGGAACCUGUCGGUGGAAGUGAGGAGUGUGAGGAGCAUGCUGGAAGAAGUCAUCUCCAACUGGGACCGCUAUGGCAACACUGUGGCCACUCUGCAAGCCUGGCUGGAGGAUGCGGAGAAAAUGCUGAGUCAAACAGAGCAUGCCAAAAAGGACUUUUUUCGCAAUUUGCCUCAUUGGAUUCAGCAGCACGCCACCAUGAAUGAUGCUGGCAAUUUCCUCAUUGAAACCUGUGAUGAGACGGUGUCCCAGGAUCUUAAGCAGCAAUUACUGUUGCUAAAUGGGCGAUGGAGGGAGUUAUUUAUGGAAGUCAAGCAAUAUGCCCGAGCUGAUGAGCUGGACAGAAUGAAGGAAGAAUACACCGAUUGUGUGAAGACCCUGACUACCUUCGCAACCGAGGCCCAGAGGAAGCUUUCAGAGCCUAUAGGAGUCUCCUUUUUGAAUGUCAAGUUACUAAUUCAGGACUUGGAGGACAUUGAACAGAGGGUGCCGGUGAUGGAUGCCCAAUACAAGAUGAUUACAAAGACAGCCCACCUCAUUACAAAAGAAAGUUCCCAAGAAGAAGCUAAGGAAAUGUUCGCCACCAUGUCUGGGCUCAAGGAACAGCUAGCCAAGGUCAGAGAAUGUUACUCCCCACUCCUCUAUGAGUCGCAGCAGCUGUUGGUGCCGUUGGAGGACUUGGAGAAGCACAUGAUGAGCUUUCAUGACUCCCUCGGGAAAAUUAAUGAAGCGAUGACCAUUCUUGAGCGCGAGGCACAAUCGAGUGCCCUUUUCAAACAGAAACAUCAGGAGCUGUUGGCAUGUCAGCAGAGCUGUAAAGAGAUGCUGGCCCUGGUCGAGAAAGGCAGCCAGAGCGUUCAGAAGUUUGUGAGCGUGAGCAGCGUGCUAAAGCAUUUUGACCAGACGAAGCUGCAGAGGCAGGUUGCCGACAUUCACGUGGCUUUUCAGAAUAUGGUAAAGAAAACUGGAGAUUGGAAGAAACAUGUGGAAACCAACAGCCGCUUGAUGAAGAAAUUUGAGGAGUCCCGAGCAGAGCUGGAGAAGGUGCUUCGGAUUGCUCAGGAGGGCCUGGAGGAAAAGGGGGACCCAGAAGACCUCCUGCGGAAACACACUGAGUUCUUCGGUCAGCUCGACCAGAGGGUGCUCAAUGCUUUCCUGAAAGCGUGUGACGAGCUCACGGACAUCCUCCCUGAGCAGGAGCAGCAGGGCCUGCAGGACGCAGUUCGGAAGCUUCACAAGCAGUGGAAGGAUCUCCAAGGAGAAGCCCCCUAUCAUCUGCUUCAUCUGAAGAUUGACGUGGAGAAGAAGAGGUUCCUGGCCGCCAUAGAUGAAUGCAGAACAGAGCUGGACCGGGAGACCAAGCUGGUGCCCCAGGAAGGCAGCGAGAAGAUGAUUGAAGAGCACAGGGUUUUCUUCAGCGACAAAGGCCCGCAUCACCUUUGUGAGAACAGGUUGCAGCUCAUUGAGGACCUGUGUCUGAAGCUGCCUGCUCGGGACCCGGUGAGAAGCGUGCCUCAGACUUGCCACGCUGCCCUCAGAGAGCUCCGAGCGGCCGUAGACAGCACCUACGAGAAGCUCCUGGGGGACCCAGACAAAUGGAAGGACUACUCCAACAGGUUUUCCGAGUUUUCCUCCUGGAUUUCUGCGAAGGAGACCCAGUUGAAGGAGAUUAAGGAGAGGACCAUAGAUACUGCCAACCAUGGAGAGAUCAAACGCACCGUAGAGGAUAUCAGAAACGCCGUCACCAACAGAGGAGACACUCUCAGCUGGCUGAAGUCCAGGCUGAACAUUUUGAUCGAGGUUUCUUCUCAGACGGAAGCCCCAAAGCGAGGAGACGAGCUGGCCAAAUUAUCGAAUGCCUUCAAAGCUCUCGUGACUUUGCUGUCCGAGGUCGAAAAGAUGUUAAGCAACUUCGGAGACUGCGUCCAGUACAAAGAAAUUGUAAAAAGUUCCCUUGAAGAUUUAAUUUCUGGCUCGAAAGAAGUCCAGGAGCAAGCAGAGAUGAUCUUGGACAGUGAAAAUCUGUUUGAAGCACAGCAGUUACUUCUUCAUCACCAGCAAAAGACCAAGCGGGUCUCUGCCAAGAAGAGAGACGUGGAGCAGCAGCUGGCGCAGGCGCGGCCGGGAGAGGCGGCGCUGCGGGGCCGCGUGCGGGAGGAGCUGCGGCAGCUGCAGAGCAGUCUGGCUGGCGUGGAGCACAGCAGGGAGAAGCAGGAGCGCCGCAUCCAGGUCACACUGAAAAAAUGGGAGCGAUUUGAAACAAACAAAGAGACAGUCGUCAGAUACCUUUUCCAGACAGGAUCCAGCCAUGAGCGCUUCCUGAGCUUCAGCAGCUUGGAAAGCUUAUCUUCGGAACUGGAGCAGACAAAGGAGUUUUCUAAACGGACAGAAGGCAUUGCCGUUCAGGCUGAGAACCUGGUGAAGGAAGCCGCUGAGAUACCGCUUGGGCCCAAGAACAAGCAGUCGCUUCAACAGCAGGCGAAGUCCGUCAAAGAGCAAGUCAAAAAACUAGAAGACACGCUCGAAGAAGAUAUUAAAACCAUGGAAAUGGUGAAAAGCCAGUGGGAUCAUUUUGGCAGUCAUUUUGAGACCCUGUCGGCCUGGAUAACCGAGAAAGAAAAAGAGCUCAAUGCCUUGGAAAGUUCGCCAUCGGCCUUGGACGUGCAAAUCGGCCAAAUUAAGGUCACACUGCAGGAAAUAGAGAGCCAGAUCGGGAGCAUUUCUGGAUUAGAAGAAGAAGCACAGUCUUUUUCUCAAUAUGUCACCACCGGAGAAUCGGCUCGAAUCAAAGCCAAGUUGACACAAGUCAGGCGGUACUGGGAAGAACUCCGAGAGCAUGCGCAGUGCCUGGAGGGCACCAUGCUGGGACAUCUGUCUCAACAACAGACCUUUGAGGAGAACCUUAGCAAGAUCCAGAACUCUGUGUCUGAAUUUGAGGAUAAACUUGCUGAUCCAGUUAAAAUAUGUUCAUCAGCUGCAGAGACCUAUAAAGUUCUCCAAGAACAUAUGGAUCUCUGCCAGGCUCUGGAGUCUCUGAGUGGCACCGUCACCGCGUUCUCAGCCAGUGCCCGCAAGGUCGUGAGCAGAGACUCGUCUGUCCAGGAGACCACAGCUGUGCAGCAGCGGUACGAAGACAUGCUGAGCAGGGCGAAGGAGAGACAGGCCGUGCUGGAGAGCCGCCUGGGCCACUGGCAAAGGUGA